AUGGCCGGAGAAAAGCCAACUGUAAAUAAUCAAUCAUCAAAUAAUCCGUCAAAUGUAGCAAAUUCUUUACCAAUAUCACAACCUACACAACAAUCACCAAUUCAACCUCAAUCUCAACCACAACCACAAAUUGCACACCAACAACCAAUUCAGCGUACCCAACAACAACAACAGCAGGUAAGGGCGAACCAACCACAAUAUUCACAAGCAGACUUGAAUCGAAUAGUUUUAGAAUACUUGAAUAAGAAAGGUUACCAUAGAACUGAGACAAUGCUAAAAUUAGAAAGUACAAAUACACCUACUCCAGCAAGUCCAAUUCCUGUCACACCAGCAACUACGACACUAGCGGGACCGAAUGAGUUAGAAUCAAAGAAUCAAACUUUAAAAACUCAACUAGAUGCGAAUGAAAAAGAACUCAAGGAUUUGAGAGAUAAACAAUUGAAGAUUGAAAAAGAACUUCAAGAGACUAAAGAUAGAGAAAUCAAAUUAUCCAAAGAAGCAGAUUUAAAAGAAUUGAAAAUCUUGGAAGCUAAAGUAAGGAUUGAAAAUGAUCCAGAAACUUAUUUUACCGCGUAUUCGAUGCUAAGAAAAUGGGUUGAAAGCUCUUUGGAUUUAUAUAAACCUGAAUUGUCAAGAGUAUUAUAUCCAUUAUUUAUACAUAGUCUAUUAGAUUUAAUAACAAAAGGAUACGAUGUGAAAGCAAAACAAUUUUUUGACAGAUUUAAAAUUGAUCAUGAGAUUUUACAUGGCGUUGAGUUGAAGGCAUUUGCUGGAUUAUCAUUACCAGAGCACUUAAAGGAGAGUGAAAUUGCAGUUGCAUAUCGAAAACACAAAUAUAGAAUUCUAGUUUCAAAAACAUCAUUAAAUUUGUUGCUAUAUUUCUUACAUGAAAAUGAAGCUGUUGGAGGUGCAAUUUUAAUUAGAAUGAUUAAUCAGUAUUUGGAUCCUGUGCUAUCGAAAAAUAGGCCCGAUAAAAUAGAUCAAGAAGGCGAAGCAAAUCCUGAAGAAGGUAUUUCGGAAUAUAUUGCAGAUACCAAUGAAUUAGAGAAAUUUAACGGGGAGAAAGAAGUGAAAUUAGGUAAGUUACCAUUAGAUGCAGAAGAUAGUAAAGAAAUAGAGGCAGAGUUGAAGAUUAAAGAUGAAAAACUCGAUCCUGUCAAUGGAAAAACUUUAACUGAAGAGUUCAUAGAGAUGACGAAACCAGAGUCUGAUUCACCUGCAAAAGAAUCUUUACCUUUACCCCUAAGAGAUUCAACAGAUAUUAAAAAGCUAAUAAUGCAGGUUGAAGAUUCAAGAUCAAAAAUAAAGCUAGGUGCAAUACAAGCAAGUUCACCUUCUGUUUGUAUGUAUACUUUUCACAAUACAAACAACGACAUGACAUGUAUUGCUUUUAAUGACGACUCAACUUUGGUUGCAGCAGGUUUUCAAGGAAGUUACGUUAAGAUAUGGAGCCUCGAUGGGAAGCCUCUUCAAUCGGCUUUAAAAAGAGAUAGAAAACAACAUCAACUUCCUGAAAACUGUAAAAAAUUGAUUGGUCAUAGUGGUCCAGUUUAUGGGCUUUCAUUCUCCCCGGAUAAUAAGUUUUUAAUUACAUGUUCAGAGGAUAAAACAGUUAGACUUUGGUCAUUGGACACAUUCACUGCAUUAGUUUCAUAUAAAGGUCAUAAUCAACCAGUAUGGGAUGUCAAAUUUUCACCAUUUGGUCACUACUUUGCAACUGCAUCACAUGAUCAAACAGCAAGAUUAUGGGCUACAGAUCAUAUUUAUCCAUUACGUAUAUUUGCUGGUCAUAUAAAUGAUGUUGAUUGUGUUGAAUUUCAUCCAAAUUCAAAUUAUGUAUUUACUGGAUCGAGUGAUAAAACUUGCAGAAUGUGGGAUGUUCAAAAUGGUCAUUGUGUUAGAAUAUUUAUGGGUCAUACUAGUGCAGUCAAUUGCUUGGCUGUUUCACCUGAUGGAAGAUGGUUAGCUAGUGCAGGAGAAGAUAAUGUCAUAAAUUUAUGGGAUAUAGGAACUGGUAGAAGAUUGAAAGCAAUGAAAGGUCAUGGUAGGUCAUCAAUAUACUCAUUAAGUUUUUCAAAAGAUGGUACAAUUUUGGUCAGUGGAUCUGGUGACAAUAGUGUUAGAGUUUGGGAUGUAAAGAAGAACACAAAUGAUGCAGGACCAGAACCAGAAGCUUUUGUUAAUGACAACAAUAGUAAUGGUCUUGGAGUAAAAGGAGAGAAUCCCGAGGAAUCCAAACAACAACAACAACAAAUAAGUAGACGAGAUGUUAUUGCAAGUAGCGACCAUAUGACUGCUUUUUUCACUAAAAAGACCCCAAUUUUCAAUGUUCAUUUCACAAGAAGAAAUUUAUGUUUCGCAGCAGGAGCAUUUCAAGGUUAA